AUGGGCUCCAAAUCAAAAUCAAAUUCAAAGUCCCAACCAACUCCCCCACCAGGCGACUCUCCAUCCGACCUCAACACGUUGCUCAUCUCCCCCGAAUCGAACGGCGCCGCCCCUGAACCCAAUGGCCUCCCCAACGGCACCGAACCUACCCCAACCGAGGGGAAAGAAACCCUCGAACAAAUGGAAGCUCGCCACAUAAAGGAACAGCGCGAGCUGCAGUCCCGCAUCGCAAACAAGAAGCGGAACGCGACAAAAAAGACAAGAAACUUCAUAAACGACGAGUGUGCUCGAAUGGAGUGGGAGUUGCGAGACAGACAGCAGAGGGAAAUGGGGGAGUUGAGGAGGAAACUAGGGCUGUCUGAGGAGGCUGCGGAGCAGGAGGAUGAGCUUGUGGACGGUAUAAAGGAGGUCAAGCUCGACGAUGAGGUUCCUGCGCCGGCACCGGCGCCAGCACAGAAGCCUCAACCCGAACCGCAACAACAACAACAACAACAACAACAACAGCAGCAGCAGCAGCAGCAGCAGCAGCCCAAAAAGAAACGCAACCGCCACAAAGAACGCCUCGCCCGCAAACAAGCCCAGACCGAAGCUCUCAUGGCCCAAGCCGAAGCCGAAGCCGCCGCCAUGCCUGACCAGCGCGCGCGCGAACGCCAGGCCAUGCAGCCGGUUUUUGAUCUACAUGGUCUCGUCGAGCAACCGAUCGAGCCGGACGGGCACUGCAUGUUCGCGGCCAUUGCCGAUGCCCUAGCCGACCAGGCAAUCGAUCUGUACAAGGGCGUUGCGCCUCUACCGGAAGACGGAGAGGGGAAAAAGGAGCCGCCUUAUAAGAUUGUGAGAAGGGCAGCUGCCGAGAGGUUGGUUCGACACAGGGACGUAUUUGAGGGGUUUGUGGAGGGGGAUUUCGAGGAGUAUGUAAGGAAGAUACGGGAUACGGGAGAGUGGGGCGGGCAGGUGGAAUUGUUGGCGCUAGCGACGGCAUAUGGAGUUGAGAUUAAGGUUGUGCAGGAGGGGAGGGUUGAGACUGUGUCUCCAAUGGAGGGGGGUGACGAUGAGGAGAGAGAGACGAUUUGGUUGGCAUACUAUAGGCAUGAUUAUAGUCUGGGGGAGCAUUAUAAUUCGUUGAGGAGGAAGAGUGAUUAA